GGAUCGUGGCUUUUCGGGGAAUUGCCAAGCUUAAGCCCUUUGCCCAAACUUGGAGAAUCCCAGACUCUGAUCUCGACGCAGCAACCAACAUGCUCUCGCUAUACACUCGCUUUGUGCUCACACCUAGCUAUGCCCUCGAAAAGCGAGACUGGACUUCCAAUUGACUCCGUGGACACUUGAGGGCAUCAUCUUAGGUACGGUGAGCCUACGGCAAAGGGCUGGAAGAGCUGAUCAACAGAGUUCUAAUGAAAGGCACUUACUUUGUGAACUUAUCCGUAGCCGAGCCAUGAUUCGUCCAAGACCAACGGCUUGUAAGAUUCGUCUAGAUGUUGUGAAGAAGAGUAUAAAGCUCCUAAUACCAUCACGGGUGAAUCUGAUUCCUCAGAAGCUUCAGGAACCGCUUUGCGAACGCAUCUUCUCUGGACGCCAGGAUCAGUCAUUCGUUGCAGCACACACUAUCGUGCCUUUCGCCUCAGCUAUCAUGCGUUUCUCAUUCUUCGCUACAGCUCUGCUGUCCGCAACUGCAUUCGCAGCACCUUCCGCAAAGGCGGAAGCGGCGGAUCUUGCGGUUCGCUCACCAAAUGCCCUACCAGUUCCAGCCCCAGCUCCUGAGGCACUUCCCAUCGCCAACGCGGCUGCAGCUCCAUCUGUUGAUGACCUGGCGCCUUUGCUCAAUAACUUGAUGUCACGAUCACUGGAGGAGCGACAGGAUAUCCUGAGCAGCAUCACCGGUCUCAUCUCCGAUUUGGGUCCGAUUAUCCAAGCCGUCCUAUCACUCUUAAACGCGGAAACGAUCAACGAUAUCCACAGCAUUGUCACUCACGCUGCCGACCUUUUGGAUGACCAAGCUGAGCCCGCUGCAAAGAACUUGAUCCUCCAGGCCAAUAGAUUGUUGACGCCAAACAACACCGACAUUCUCGUCAACCUUCUGAACGACGUUGCACCACUCCUGAACCAACUUGGUCCCCUGAUUAGUGGAAUCUCAUCAUUGCUCUCUUCUCUACUCGGUAUCUUCUUGCCACAUUCUUAAGUAAUAUGUAACAGUGAUACAAAAGUACAACCCAAUUGAAGACGUGGAUAGUGGCUGUGAGCGAGAGGUGGGAG